AAAAGGUUACUUACAUAUCUGCCCCGCUUGUACCAAUAUCACAAACACUCCUUAUUGCUAAAAUCUUCUUACAACUAAUCAAAGGACGCUUAAUCACGCUUUUAUAUGGGCGUGGGGACGCUAAAGUCUAGUACCUUUCAAGAUGGUACUUUUAGCAGUAAAAUUGAGUAUUGCAUAAUUCUUCGAUGUGUUACUGCUUCAUCKAUUAAUCUUUUAUAUGAUUGUUUCAACGCAACCUUUUUGCUUAUUGAUGAAUUAGGUGCCAGAAAACUUACAGUAGGUGUAGAGUGGUUGGACUGGAACAACACCAGUCCAGAGUUGAGAUGGAAAUUCCUUGGCAACAAGGAAUUUGCCRCACUAUCAAAAKCAACUCUGGAUAACCAAGCCAACCAACUUCAAGGUCUACAGCCUGGCAUAGAUGUGUUGUUAAAUGGUACUGCACAUUUUAUUGUCCCAACCAAACCGAACAUUGAGUCAUUUACAAUGUGUUUUUGGAUAUCUUCGAAUGCAACCACGCCAAAAUUGGUGAACAUUACCGUUGAAACCAAUAUGGAGAUGUCAUUGGAUGUUUUCAUUUGCCG